CGUGCGUGUGUGUGAGUGCGUGGAGGGCUUCAUCAUAAAACUACCGCCCUGACUGUCAGCUCCAGACAGUUCAGAGUCCAGACGCACAGCCGCCCGGUGGUGUUUCAUUCCACUGUUCCAGCAUGACCUCCGAUAUCACCGCAGACUUUGAGCUGGAGUUGGGCGAGUUGCUGCAGGAGUUCCAGGAUGUGGUGGAGGAGCUGAAGACCCCUUCUCAAAGCAAACCCCAUGCGUACCAGCACGUCCUCCACGAGGCCAAAGGUCGCACAGGGCUCGGGGACGACAGCGGAGUCGAGGACUCGGACUACAGCAGCGAAGCUUCUUUGGGAAACAGUUUGAACACCAGCGAGGAAGAGCUUCACACAGCAGGCAUAACACGGGCACCGAAAGCCAAGCUGGGAGACACAAGGGAACUUGAGAGUUUUAUCGACAUGUUGGACCGGGAACUUGCAGAGAUGUGAACAGAAAGAGAAAGCGAGCCACGUAGAGGGGGGAGAAACAGGCCGGGGGCGACAUCGCUGGCUAUUGCAGAGCAGAUAGGCAGCUCUACACCAGAGCAGAUCUGACGAAGCAAAUGCUCCCCUGGCUGCUCCAGGGGAAAAGGUUAACAUCAGAAAUUAAAAGGGCACUCUAUUCCAAAAUGCAAGAACACCCUGAGACCCCUGGCGACGCUGCGUCCAGCCGGCAAGACUACAUCCCUGCAGCAUCACAUCCGAGAUGUGAGACAUACUCCAGGAACUAGACACAGCUUCCAUCUGUCCGUCUGCACAGAGUUUAGAAAGCAUUUGGUGCCACAAUUCAAAUUUAAAUAAAUACUAUGCCAGCAAAUACUUACAUUUUUUUAAAGGAGACUGUUACAAAUUACGGAUGGCGCUUGGAUUUUAAUCUGUCCAAGGGGUUCAGAUCUGUUGUGUAAAUCAAAUUACGUUUAUUUGCUGACAUUUCCAGUGUACAGUUCUUGUUAAUAUAAGUUUUUUUAAUAAAUUGUUGUACAGAUUAAUGCACAUAAAUAAAGAUACAUUUUGAAUGAA